AUAGAGGAAUAAAAAGCAAAAUAAGACGAAACCAUUUGUAAAAAAGUUUUUGCCUAUACAAAAUCAAAAAUUAUUGUUCUUUUACAUAUACUAAAUGGCUGAUACGGAAGAAAAUCCAUUAUAUUCUUAUUUUUUUGGAGUUAUUGGUGCUUCAUCUGCUAUUGUAUUUAGUGCGCUCGGAGCAGCUUAUGGGACCGCGAAAUCGGGUACGGGUAUAGCGGCCAUGUCCGUGAUGAGACCGGAGCUCAUUAUGCGAUCUAUCAUUCCCGUAGUUAUGGCGGGUAUCAUCGGAAUUUAUGGACUCGUCGUGGCAGUUCUCAUAGCCAACGGGAUAAGCAGGACUAAUUAUUCCCUUUACAAGGGCUUCUUGGAUCUCGGAGCCGGCUUGAGUGUUGGUCUUAGCGGUCUAGCCGCCGGCUUUGCUAUAGGUAUAGUCGGGGACGCGGGCGUGCGCGGUACGGCUCAACAACCCCGGCUGUUCGUGGGUAUGAUUCUAAUCUUAAUUUUCGCCGAGGUUCUUGGGCUUUAUGGACUCAUUGUGUCUAUCAUGUUGGUUUCCCGGUGAAGGGAAAAGCCAGAAAGAAUUUGGGGACGCAAAGAUUAGUCAAAAUAGUGCUCGAUAAUUGGUCCUAAAUGUUUUUAUUACAGAUUAUUAUAUCCACUCACGUUAUUACAUAAUCAUUUACAUCAUUUUUUUUUUAUCAAUAUUGUCUCGUGACCGUUUUGUUUCAACAUUAAAUAUGUAAAUAUAAAUAAAUGUAACCACCCCUUUUUUGGACAAAAAUGAGCUUUUAAUUUUUCUAGUUAUUUUAGUUAACAAUUUUUUUAAAUUUAAAUUAUUAUUUUAUAUUUUUGAAAUUAAUGGCUUAAAAAAAAUAAUAACAAAAGUUUGUGCUAAAAAUAUUAAAAAUCUUAUAAUCGAUCGCGCUCUCAUUCAUUUUUGAUUCGGGUUUUUGGUAAACUUCUAUAUUCUAUUUUAUAAUAAAUAAAACGAAAUUUAUUUUACUCUUGCUUGCUUUACAGAUAAGAAAGUUUUAUGUAUAUAAUAAAAUAAAUCUCAGACUUUUUUAUUAUAUAUUGGUUUCAAUUAUUAGUUUCCCACUCGAGAUACUUGUUAUUAAUUGUUUCUUCUUACAUUAUAUAUUAUAAUAUUUUAUGUUUGUUUAUCUAUAUAUUUCACUGAAUGAAAUAUCGUAAAAAGGUCCAAAAUUAAAAUGACAAAAAAUAAUUUUUUUUGUUCAAGACAUCAAUUCAAUUUCCUUAGCCUUAAAAAUAUUCUGUAUCGCUUUCUUACCUGUCUAAUUAUUUACAUUACACCUCACGUUGAUUUUAUUUAUAUAAUUGUUAAAGAUAGAAUUUAUACAUUCAUACAUACAUCAUUUACGUGCCCUAAUUUAUUUUAUUUUUUAUCUCAUUUAUUUCUUCUGUUUUUCAUUGUUUUAUCUGUUUUUAUAAACAUUAUGAUCUUUUAAAAAUUGCAUAAAUUUGCCCCCCCCCCCUCUCACUCAUAAAUUAUUCCAUUUUUGCAUCAAAAUAAUUAUUUAAUAUUAUAUUUUAUUGAUUUGGAUGUCAUUUCGAAAAAUACAUACAAUAUUAUUUUAUAUACGAAUAAAAGCCAUGUUAGACAUUA